UUCCGCCUGCAGCACCCGCCCUCUCGGGCCUCUCCCCCGCCGGGGCUGCGAACGGGCCCCUUGCAGCCCAGGGCGGGCGGAGAAGCCGGCCGGGGAUAUUCGGGAGCUGCCUGGCCGCGUGGGGCAGACGGGGGGGAAGCGGCUGGAAAGAGACAAACCCGCCUCGGCGCGGCGCGGCGCGGCGCGGGUGUCCCAGGGGCGGCCCCGGCCCGCGACACGCCCUGGGCGGGAAUCGGGAUCCCCCAGCUACCGGCUGGCCCGCCCGCUCGCUCACGCCUGGAGCCGGCUCCCGUCCCAGGGCCCGCCCGGAAGGAGCCGGGCUCCCGGCCGCUGAGUGGCGGGGGCGCGUCACGUGCGUGUCCCGGGCCAGCCUGACCCCCCGCCCCCCAAGCCCGCCGGUUCCUGACCGAGGUGCAGACAGAGCCCCAGCGUCGCGUCCCGGCUCCAUCGCAACAUGUCCCACCAAACCGGCAUCCAAGCUAGUGAAGAUGUUAAAGAUACCUUUGCCAGAGCAAGAUAUGGACAAUACAGGAUUUUAAAAAUAGUUAUUGAAAAUGAGCAGCUUGUAGUGGGAUCCUCUAGGCAGCCUGCUGAAUCAUGGGAAAAGGAUUAUGAUUCCUUUGUUCUUCCCCUUCUUGAAGACAAGCAACCAUGUUAUGUAUUAUACAGAUUAGAUUCUCAGAAUGCUCAAGGAUAUGAAUGGAUCUUCAUUGCAUGGUCACCAGAUCACUCUCAUGUACGUCAAAAAAUGUUGUAUGCAGCAACACGGGCAACUCUGAAAAAAGAAUUUGGAGGUGGUCACAUUAAAGACGAAGUAUUUGGAACAACAAAGGAUGAUGUUUCAUUGAAUGGAUACAGAAAAUACUUGAUAUCACAGUCCUCCCCUGCCCCUCUGACUGCAGCAGAAGAGGAACUUCGGCAAAUUAAGAUUAAUGAGGUCCAAGUGGAAGUCGGUGUAGAUACCAAGCAUCAGACACUGCAAGGAGUAGCAUUUCCUUUGGCUAAGGAAGCUAUUCAGGCUUUGGAAAAACUGAAAAAUAAACAGCUCAACUAUGUGCAACUGCAAAUUGAUAUAAAAAAUGAAACUAUUGUUUUGGCCAGCACACUCCAUACUGAACUUAAGGAUUUGCCAAACAGGAUUCCAAAGGAUUCUGCACGCUAUCAUUUUUUCCUUUAUAAGCAUUCCCAUGAAGGAGAUUACUUGGAAUCCAUAGUAUUUAUCUACUCUAUGCCUGGGUAUACGUGCAGUAUUCGAGAACGGAUGCUAUACUCUAGUUGCAAGAGCCCUCUGUUAGAAAUUGUAGAAAGACAACUGUGGAUGCAGAUAAUGAGAAAGAUUGAAAUAGAUAAUGGUGAUGAGUUAACUCCUGACUUCCUUUAUGAAGAGGUUCAUCCAAAACAUCAUGCACACAAACAAAAUUUUGCUAAGCCAAAAGGUCCUGCAGGAAAAAGGGGAAUCCGAAGACUAAUUAGGGGUCCUGCAGACUCUGAAACACCUACUGAUUAAAAUCUAUUACUUGCACUCGUGGUAAUACAUUACAAUAGAGAUGAAAAAUUCCAAUUUUUAGUAAUGAACUGAAAUCAUUCCACACUGAUAUAUGCUAGAAAUAAGCCUUGUUUUUCCAUAGCACUUAUCUGGCUCUGCCAUUUUAGAGUUUAUAUUGUCCAUAUAUUGUGGAAGAGUUGUUAAUCAGUUCAAAACUAGAAAAGGAUUACAAAACUAGUACUGCUUUAUUUUUAAUUAUUUAAUAGCUACACACUUUAUUAUAAACUCCUGAUCUCUGUAUUGAAUAUUGAUUCUAUGUAAUCUUCAGUCAGUUCUUACUAUUGGCUUAACUGUCACUGUGGGGCUAGAUUUGCAAACAUUUACUCACACGAGUAGCCCACUGAAGCUAAUGAGUACUCAUCUGAGUAAAGGUUUGCAGGAGUAGAUUCUGUAGCAGCAUUCCAAAUAAAGACCUAUUUUUUUUCCUUUCAGCCAUCAUGAAGGAAAACAUUUUAUUGUAUGUAAUGUCUGUCUCUGAAGGUUUUUUAAAUAGAGAAGAUGAAUGAAACUAGUAUACCUGAUGCAAAUAUUCAGGAAUAGCUAGAUUAUUUUUCACAUAGAGGAGUUGCUGCUUGAAAUUAACUUCUGGUUUUGUGGAACUGUCAUUUAAAGAAAUCUGACAUUGAAAGCACUAGAAUUAUUCAUACUUUUAUACGAUCCUUAAACUGUUAAGUACUGUAUGAUCAAGUAAAACACUACAAAUUUGCAUAAGUUAAUGCAUUCAAUCAAUUAUGGAGCUGCUCUAAAAUCACUAUACUAAAAUGUUUCUAAAUCAUGCUGUUAAACUAUAGUACCUGUAUACUCUGAUGCAAAAUUGUUUAUGCUUAGUAAAAAGGCUUCAUGAUACUGAAUCAGUUCUUGAGAGAAAACAAAUUGAUUACAAAUGGUUUUCCAAUGCAUUUGCCAUUUCUACUGCAAUAUAAUAAAUACAUUACGAAGGCAGCUUUUUUCCUUGAAUGUUUUGAAAUUAAAUAGCAUGAACAUUUACAAAUCCAACUUGUUUUAAAAAAAAAACUGCUGGCAGAGCCUUAAUAGCUUUCACUUUACUCCUUUUAUUGUUUUUCUAAAUUAGUUACUAAAAUAAGCCAAGGAGAGUCUAAAUUUGCUUUAACUAGACCUAAUCUGUUCAAUAGAAAUAGCAAAAAUACACAUUUUGUAAUAAGUAGGUAAGAAAAUCAAGUAUGAGACAUGUGAGUUAAGUUCUGGAUGAGCUUAAAUAAUUAAAAUGUGCUUAAAUGCAACCGAUGGUCCAGUGGGCAAAGUACAUUCCUAAUAAUGCAGUGGUUCUCAAACUUUUGCAUUGCUGACCCCUUUCACACAGCAUGCCUGAGUGUGACCUUCCUUAUAAAUUAAAAACACAUUUUUUAUGUUUAACACUAUUAUAAAUUCUGAGGAGAAGCAGUAUUAGGGGUGGAGGCUGACAGCUGGUGACCCCCCCGUGUAAUAACCUUACGACCCCCUGAGGGGUCACAACCCGCAGUUUGAGGAUCCCUGUACUAAUUGGACUUGAAUUUUUUUAAAGAUAAAUAUAAAGGGUUUGCAAGUCUUAGAUCAUUUCAUAAUACAUCCUGGUGUUGGGCAUGUACGUUAACAGAUGGCAACAUCACAAUUGUGCUUAUUUCGUUGGGGAUGUAUUUUAAUCUCAUUUUCUGGGGCGAUAAUGCAUUAACAGUAAUACUUCCUGGUGUGAUUUACUUUAGUUCCACCUAUUAUUUCCAAUAGAGACUUUUAAGUCUAUUUUAUAUUGCAAUAAAAUUUUACAUUUCAGCUAUUUUAAAAAAAUUACAUAUCUUGUAUCAGUGCUGUUUAAUAUAUUUCUCUGAUCCUCCGUUAAUCCCCUUCCAUCCCCUCAGUGCUCUGAUCUUCCUCCUUUGUCUCUUUUGCCCUCUUGUAGGGCAAAGAGGUGUGUUCUUCUAUAGGUUUUUUUCCCCUCUCUCCCUGCACCUAUCAGGUAUGUCUCAUGUUUUUGCUUAACAACAUAAUGUCUGUGUAGUACGUUGAACAAAUCACUAUAAAAUUGCUAAGUGUUUAUUUAAAAUAACUGAAUCAGGAGCUACUUAGUGUUCCCAACUCCAUUUUUAAAAAAUGUGAAGUUAGAACCUCGUGAUUUAAAAGCACUGCCACAGAAGAAACUUUAGAAACACAUUUCAGCAGUGAAAACAUUUUUCUCACUGUUUCUCUGUCAGGAAUUUUAUCAGCUCUACUUGUGGCUCAGUUGACUUGUGUAUGUAAACUUUUACUCUGAAGUGGGAAUAUUAAAGGCUUUCAUAUUUUAGGUCUUAUGGGUUUUGGUAAUGAAAUGGUCAAGUCUAGUUGGAUAUAUGUGGCUAAUAUUACUACAUUGCACUACUAACUGGGUGAGGGUUAGAAAUCUUACCUGGGAUGGAAUUUAAGUUUUUGUUUUAAAUGUAAUUUUAAAAGGAAAAUAAUAAGACUAGCUGUAGUAAUCUUGGGACUCAAUCAAAUAGAACAUAUGUGAUCUGCUGAUCCAUACAACUUUCUGAAGUCUGGAGAUGUAGCACCAUUACUGUAGCCUAUCCAGGGGUGCUGCUACAAAAGGGCAGAAAAACCCAACUCCUCUCCAGUUUUGUCCAGGAAUUAUAGACCUGGAGGAGAACUAGCAAAAUGAAUGUUCUCUUGUACCACAAAAUACCCUAUAUAGGCCCUUUCUGUACCCUCUGGUCCUGUGAUGUAGGUCUGCAGGAAACUUUUUAUACCCCUUGUGACAGAUAUUACAACUGCAUGCAAUAUCUGUGGGGACAAUUUUGUCCGAAUUGUAGGAGUGGUCUAUGUAACACUCGCUGGGCCAGGAAUUGUAUGCAACUCCAAGGGGGGUUACAAUUCCACCAGGAAUUAAAAACAGGAGGGGGUGAUUAAGGUGAAUCACUCAGGUUGUAAACACCUACAGAGAGGUACCAUCCCUCAUGAGGUUUGGUUCAAACUGGGUCUUCCCAGAAACCAACAGCCAAAGAAAGUGCUUUUGAAAUAAAAAGCCAGAGUUAAAACUGACUCGGGGCUGCCUUGCUGAUUCAGCAACUAGACAGGACCAUCUGUCCAAGAGCUCCAACCUUUGCAGGAGGGUUGGAAAGACUUGGGCCUACUAGGGCCUAAUAAGACUGAUGUGUGACCUCUGCUAAGCUUUUAGCACCUGUAUAGGAACUUGGGUUUUCACGUUUUACUGUAAUGCUUUUACCUUAAGAAUAAAUGUGCUUACUUAGACUGUGCAAUAACUGGUAACAGUUGGCAAUAUGCUGUUCAUAGCUUUUGGAGAGAAAGUAUAGCAGAGCCGUGGGCCUUUAGGCAGACUGGCUUGCUAGGGAUAUCACAGUGUAAGGCAGGCAGCUGUGCAGGCUUAAAUCCCCCAGUCAGUAGGGAGAGAAGUUGGGUGCUCUCAAGGGACCAUGAAGGGGGAGAUACGGGUUACCAUGAAACUAUCAGCCCUAUGUCAGGAGUAAGUCUUCAAUGGUGCCUCAGGCUGUGGGGGAGAAUUGGCUUCUCCACUUACCCUACAAGGUGGGUAGGAGAGACUGUUGUCCCCAUUGCUUAAUCAUCAGACUGCUGUUGUGGGGGCUUAUGAGCUCCCGAUCACAAUCACUUAAUGGACUGUUCUGGAGCUCACCCAAAGCCAGACCAUGUCAGACUGCAGCCUUUUAAAAAAAAAAAAAUUCAUGUCAACUGAUGGCCAGCGUGCACCGUGUAGUCUUUGCCCCAGGAAUAGGAAGCAGCCACAGACACUAACGGAGUUGAAUAGGGCCAUAUGGUUUGCGUGCUGAAGUAUUAUGGAUCUAAAGGCAGAGGAGGCCUGGGAUUACUUCAAGUCAAAGCUGCAGAAGCUAUUGGAAGCCUGCAUCCCAAGAAAGGGGGAAAAAUUCAUAGGCAGGAGUUGUAGACCAAGCUGGAUAAGCAAGCAUCUCAGAGAGGUGAUUAAGAAAAAGCAGAAAGCAUACAGGGAGUGGAAGAUGGGAGGGAUCAGCAAGGAAAGCUACCUUAUUGAGGCCAGAACAUGUAGGGAUAAAGUGAGAAAGGCUAAAAGUCAAGUAGAGUUGGACCUUGCAAAGAGAAUUAAAACCAAUAGUAAAAGGUUCUAUAGCCAUAUAAAUAAGAAGAAAACAAAGAAAGAAGAAGUGGGACCGCUAAACACUGAGGAUGGAGUAGAGGUUAAAGAUAAUCUAGGCAUGGCCCAAUAUCUAAACAAAUACUUUGCCUCAGUCUUUAAUAAGUCUAAAGAGGAUUUUAGGGAUAAUGGUAGCAUGACAAAUGGGAAUGAGGAUAUGGAGGUAGAUAUUACCAUAUCUGAGGUAGAAGCAAAACUUGAACAGUUUAAUGGGACUAAAUCUAAUUAAAGAAUAUUAAAGAAAUUGGCACAUGAAAUUGCAAGCCCAUUAGCAAGAAUUUUUAAUGAAUCUGUAAAUUCAGGGGUUGUACCGUAUGACUAGAGAAUUGAUAACAUAGUUCCUAUUUUUAAGAAAGGAAAAAAACGUGAUCCGGGUAACUACAGGCCUGUUAGUUUGACAUCUGUAGUAUGCAAGGUCUUGGAAAAACUUCUGAAGGAGAAAGUAGUUAAGGACAUUGAAGUCAAUGGUAAAUGGGACAAAAUACAAAUGGUUUAACAAAAGGCAGAUCGUGCCAAACCAACCUGAUCUCCUUCUUUGAGAAAGUAACAGAUUUUUUAGACAAAGGAAAUGCAGUGGAUCUAAUUUACCUAGAUUUUAGUAAGGCAUUUGAUACCGUGCCACAUGGGGAAUUAUUAGUUAAAUUGGAUAAGAUGGGGAUCAAUAUGAAAAUUGAAAGGUGGAUAAGGAAUUGGUUAAAAGGGAGACUACAGCGGGUUAUACUGAAAGGUGAACUGUCAGACUGGAGGGAGGUUACCAGUGGAGUUCUUCAGGGAUCGGUUUUGGGACCAAUCUUAUUUAAUCUUUUUAUUACUGACCUGAGCACAAAAAGUGGGAGUGUGCUAAUAAAGUUUGCGGAUGAUACAAAGCUGGGGGGUAUUGCCAAUUUAGAGAAGGACCGGGAUAUCAUACAGGAGGAUCUGGAUGACCUUGUAAACUGGAGUAAUAGUAAUAGGAUGAAAUUUAAUAGUGAGAAGUGUAAGGUCAUGCAUUUAGGGAUUAAUAACAAGAAUUUUAGUUAUAAGCUGGGGACACAUCAAUUAGAAGUAACGGAGGAGGAGAAGGACCUUGGAGUAUUGGUUGACCACAGGAUGACUAUGAGCCGCCAAUGUGAUAUGGCCGUGAAAAAAGCUAAUGCGGUCUUGGGAUGCAUCAGGCGAGGUAUUUCUAGUAGAGAUAAAGAGGUGUUAGUACCGUGAUACAAGGCACUGGUGAGACCUCACCUGGAAUACUGUGUGCAGUUCUGGUCUCCCAUGUUUAAGAAGGAUGAAUUCAAACUGGAACAGGUACAGAGAAGGACUACUAGGAUGAUCCGAGGAAUGGAAAACCUGUCUUAUGAAAGGAGACUCAAGGAGCUUGGCUUGUUUAGCCUAACUAAAAGAAGGCUGAGGGGAGAUAAGAUUGCUCUCUAUAAAUAUAUCAGAGGGAUAAAUACCGAAGAGGGAGAGGAAUUAUUUCAGUUCAGUACGAGUGUGGACACAAGAACAAAUGGAUAUAAACUUAUGGCGGUUCAAUACAAGACAGGACACGGCUUUAGGCAAGCAAGCAGGCUGGUCUGCUGACGGGAUCUUUCCUGUCAGCUUUUCCACCUCUCUUUUAUUUCCUUCCCCCCUGCGCAUUACAUACUCCGCCCGCAAAAGGCAUCAACAAAGGAAAUAAUAUGACUUUGAUUAAUAUUCUUAUUUACCAGCCUCUAUCUACUACAAUCUUUGUUCUCAGGCCUUGAGCGUAGGCCCAGGAAGCUUCCCACGGUUGAUGUCCUUAUUUUGACUUCCCAAAUGGUCCAUGUCCUUGGACAGAGCAGAGCAAUGUGUGCAUCGCUCCUACACAACAGUCAGGGUGUGCCCUGACUGUUUCCAGGUGCAUGAACGCUACAUGAACUGUUCAUAAACUGGCCAUCGGGAAGUUUAGACUUGAAAUUAGAUGAAGGUUUCUAACCAUCAGAGGAGUGAAGUUCUGAAAUAGCCUUCCAAGGGAAGCAGUGGGAGCAAAAGACCUAUCUGGCUUCAAGAUUAAACUCGAUAAGUUUAUUGAGGAAACGGUAUGAUGAGAUAACAUGAUUUUGGCAAUUAACUGAUCUUUAACUAUUCAUGGUAAAUAGGCCCAAUGGCCUGUGAUGAGAUGUUAGAUGGGAUGGAAUCUGAGUUACUACAGAGAAUUCUUUCCUGGGUAUCUGGCUAGUGAAUCUUGCCCACAUGCUUAGGGUUCAGCUGAUCACCAUAUUUGGGGUCGGGAAGGAAUUUUCCUCCAGGGCAGAUUGGCAGAGGCCCUGGGGGUUUUUUGCCUUCCUCUGUAGCAUGGGGCAUGGGUCACUUGCUGGAGGAUUCUCUGCACCUUGAAGUCUUUAAACCAUGAUUUGAGGACUUCAAUAGCUCAGACAUAGGUGAGAAGUUUAUUGCAGGAAUGGGUGGGUGAGAUUCUGUGGCCUGCAUUGUGCAGGAGGUCAGACUAGAUGAUCAUAAUGGUCCCUUCUGACCUUAAUAUCUAUGAGUCUGAGUAUUCACCCCUACUACAUUAUCUAUUCUGUCAUAUAUGUUCACUGGACAAAAGCACUAGUAGUAUCUGGUUAAUACUUUGUCAGUGAACACUCAGAAGCAGCACACAAUAAGGGCAUUAAUAAAACCCUGAACUACUGUUCCUUGAAAUAUUACUGGCCAUUUGAUGGUUGUAUGACUCCUUUCUAAAAUGUUGUUUGCCUUCAUAAAGCACAUGGGGAAAGAUGUAGCUGCUUGAACAAAUGAAUGUUAGGAAUGUGAUGAAUAACAACUCAAACCCCCUAGUUUAUUUAAUAGAUUUGUUAACAGAAAAAAUAUAGAUGAUGAGCAAGUGAUAAACUACUUUUGAAACACUCAUACAGCAAAAGGCUAAUAUGGGGAAAAUGAGAUUUUUAAAUUAAGUUAACUUGUGUUAGAGGUUUGUAUAACAAAUCAAGCUGUUAAUAUCAUUUGCUCUAUGUAGGCACUAGAUAAAUCUAAAAGUGAUUAAAAUACUGAUUAUGAAAACUUCCCCCAGUACAUACCUAUUGAAUGUAAAACACCUUCAAAUGUUUCAGUUAAAUAAACCUCUCCUUACUGUCUAUUUUGUCAUUUCAAUAUAUCAAUAAAAACUGAAGUUUUGGUUCAGUGUUA